GUCUAUCACACUACUGGAAAAAAUGGCGACGGGUAUACUGCGGCUCCCGCUGCGACUUUCCACCAAAAAUGCGGGGAUAAUGAGCCGCAACAGCGGCAUGAAAACAUCAAACAUAUCCCGGACGACCCAAAUCAGGACCGCGGUAACAACGUCGUCUGGGGCAAUCUUACCGAGACCGGCCAAAACACCAUUUGGUCUUAUCCGCAUGACAGCGGUGGUGGUGCCUUUCCUGUACGUGGGAACUCUGAUCAGUAAGAACUUUGCUGCUCUCUUGGAGGAGCACGAUAUCUUUGUCCCUGAAGACGACGAUGACGACGAUUGAGCUAACUCCAGAAAAUAAAUGGGUGCUUUGCAAUAAUGAGUGAGAGUACACCAGCCGGCACAUGGAAGAUGGGGAAGAUGGGGCACAUCCAAAUGCAUCCCUCCGCCUCCACCCAUCUCCUCCCUCUCUCCUUUGCUAUUUGUGUAGCUUUCGCUAAAUUUAUUUUUAUCAAAAUCUCAUAUCAUGUGAGGCUAUCAAAACUACUAGUUAUGCCUUCACUCUUGUUUGCAUGUUUUUGACUGUCAACUCAAUAAAGGGAGUCGAUCACACAUGGAUGAA